AUGGCACGUAAGGCACCACAGAGACCAGUCAUUCUCGGUACACUCCUGCUGUUUUUAUUGGUGGUAAUAGUAUUUAUUGGUGAUUACUACUUGGAUGUUGAUUCUCUGGUCAAAUCGAGUGAGUCCCACUCCAAUAUACCAUUGGCCAAAAACACCAGCAGCAGGAAUACUGAUAGUCCAGAUGACACAGCUGACAAUGAGUCUCUGCGAUACAUCCCACACAGCACCAUACAGACAUGGAGGGAGCGUGACUACCUCAUUGUGUUUGGCAUCCCAUCUGUGGAUAUUGAUUCGAGGCGGAGACGCCGUUAUCUGCAGCGGACCACGUGCUGGCAGUUCCCCGGUGUUGCACGGAGGGCGAAUAACUUCACUGGGGCCAUGUUGGUGUUGUAUGUACUUGCACGGCACCCAUCACAGGGCUAUAAGCAUUCUGCUGCACUACUGAAGGAGGCUGAUGAGUGGCAUGAUAUCAUUACACUGCCGAUGAAUGAUGCUCUGCCAACAACGAACAAAACAAUUGGUGGAGCUGGUCAUUGGGGUACCGAGGCUGAGAUUAGCAUGAGCCGAAAGGUGUACUUUUGGUUUGAGUUGGCAUUGCGAGUAUUCCCGAAUGUGAACUACAUUUCGAAGGGAGACGAUGACAUGUUCCUGCGAGUACCGCAGUUCCUGGCUGAUUUGCACACACUACCCAGGCGCAGAGUGUAUUGGGGACUGCCUAUUUAUGGUUAUGUAAAAAAGAAAAAUAAGAAUGUUGGAUUUCCAUAUGCUGCUGGAAUGUGCUAUACCUUGUCAAGGGAUGUGGCACAGCAGUUCGUGUCCUACAAACCACUGCAACGUGUUGUACAUCCGCCGUAUGGCAAGGUGAAGAAGGUGUAUUCUGAUCAUCUUAGCGUGUUGUAUGAGGAUGUCUUGGUGGGAUUUGUGCUCCAUGAAAUUGGAAAGAGGACCAUUACGUUCGUUCUUGAGAGAAGAUGUCGAUUUCAUGAUAUUCAUGAGGGACUUAAUCUAGGGCGUGUGAGUAAAGCGUCGGUCGUGGUGCACCACAUUACUGAAGAGGAUUUUAUGUGGCUUAUGAAAAUGUUUGGUAAUGCUGGAACUUCCAAGCCCCGGAAGUAUAAGCGGAUCGGAAGGUCUCUUAGAUUUUUUUGUUGA